CGCCUCUGGCGUGCGCGCCCCGCCCCCUCGCGCUGCUAUACGCGGACUGGCCAACAUCCGACGACUCCGGCCUUGAGUAACCCGCUCCCGUGACCUUUUCGCACCCCGCACGCCCAGGCCCGCGCGGCGUCUGCCCCGCCGUUGCGUGUCUGCCGCUCCCGCCUAGCCCCGCGUUCCCACGACCACGCACAGCUGCCACCGCGGCUCGUCAUGGCGGCCCUCAGCAAGUCCAUCCCUCAUAACUGCUACGAGAUCGGCCACACUUGGAACCCCUCCUGCCGGGUCUCCUUCUUGCAAAUCACUUGGGGCGCCCUGGAAGAGUCUCUCAGGAUCUACGCACCCCUGUACCUGAUCGCAGCUGUUCUCCGGAAGCGGAAGCUGGAAUAUUACUUGUACAAGCUGCUUCCCGAGAUCCUCCAGUCUGCCUCCUUCCUGACUGCUAAUGGGGCCUUGUACAUUACUUUCUUCUGUGUUUUAAGGAAGAUACUUGGAAAAUUCUACUCAUGGACUCCUGGCUUUGGUGCUGCUCUGCCAGCCUCCUAUGUGGCCAUUCUGAUUGAAAGGAAAAGCAGGAGAGGGCUGCUCACAAUUUAUAUGGCCAACUUGGCCACAGAAACACUAUUUAGAAUGGGUGUUGCAAGAGGAACCAUCACAACAUUAAGAAAUGGAGAAGUCCUUUUGUUCUGCAUCACAGCGGCCAUGUACAUGUUCUUUUUCAGGUGCAAAGAUGGCUUAAAAGGCUUUACGUUUUCUGCACUUAGGUUUAUCGUAGGAAAGGAAGAAAUUCCCACACACUCUUACUCACCAGAGACAGCAUAUGCGAAAGUGGAGCAGAAGAGGGAGAAGCACAAGGGGACGACGAGAGCAAUGAGUCUAAUUGCUCUGGUUCGGAGUCUCGUGGACUCCAUAUGCAAGCAUGGACCAAGGCACAGAUGCUGCAAGCAUUAUGAAGACAACUGCAUCUCCUACUGUAUUAAAGGCUUCAUCAGGAUGUUCAGCGUGGGCUACUUGAUCCAGUGCUGUCUCCGGAUCCCCUCUGCAUUCAGGCACCUGUUUACAGAGCCAUCCCGGCUCCUCUCUCUCUUCUACAACAAAGAAAACUUCCAGCUGGGUGCUUUCCUUGGAUCUUUUGUUAGUAUAUACAAGGGCACAAGUUGUUUCCUCCGCUGGAUCAGGAACCUGGAUGAUGAGCUGCAUGCUAUUGUGGCUGGGUUUUUGGCAGGUGUGUCGAUGAUGUUUUAUAAAAGCACAACAAUUUCCAUGUACCUAGCUUCCAAGCUGGUGGAGACAAUGUAUUUCAAGGGCAUCGAGGCUGGAAAGGUUCCCUAUUUCCCUCAAGCAGAUACUAUCAUCUAUUCCAUCUCCACAGCGAUUUGUUUCCAUGCAGCUGUUAUGGAAGUUCAGAACUUGCGACCGUCGUACUGGAAGUUCCUUCUAAGGCUCACCAAGGGCAGGUUUGCACUCAUGAACAGAAAAGCCCUGGAUGUGUUUGGUACUGGUGCAUCUAGAGAAUUUCACAACUUCAUCCCCAGACUAGACCCACGAUACACAGUUGUCACACCAGAGCUGCCUAUAGACUUUUCCUGAAGACGACUGUAACUUAUUGACUGUCUCACCGUUUUCUCCUGAAGAGUUAAUUGUGUUCAACACAGAAGGGGCCCAAGCUGAACCUCAGUGUUAUGUCAACGAGAGAUGCUUUUUCUUUCUUUCCAUACCAAUCAGAAAUACAGAAGCUUUUUAGAAAGGCGUUGCUUAAUAAUUAAGCUUCCUCUGUAGCCAGAAUCUCAUUCUGGAUCAUGUAGUGUUGACAUUAUGAUAUAUUGUUGAUUAAAUUAUGUCCACAAAGAAUAUUGAAUAAUCUAUGUAGAAAUAUAAUAAGAAGAGUAUACUUAAAAAUUACUUUAAAAGAUGUCUUUAGUUCAUUCCAAUAGAAUUCUUGGUCAAAACUAAGAAUAUUUCUUCACUUUAGGAUUUGCAGAGGAUCAUGGGUGUGUGGAUUCUGUCCGUGAUUUUUAUGCUUUUGAAUGGAUUUCUGUAGCUGUGGGGUGUUGGAUAUGGGGAGAAACCUCUGUGGGCAUUGCUGCUUUACUGUGGAGCAAUGUGGAGGAAGUGGCCAUUCUUAUUUCAGGGAUACAAACAUGGGUUUCAGACCAUUUGGGCCAGUGUCAUGGUGGUACCCAUACUCUUGUUCAGCUGACAGUCCUGUCUCCUUCGUGACCAGACAGGCUGUUUGGCAGCCUAGUGACCUUAUAUGCUAGUAGCAGGUUAGGAGCAAAUGGAAACUGACAUGUGCUGCAGUGAAGAAUCUGUCUCAGUGCUCACAGGAGUGUUACACGUGAAUAUCGUCAAGCAGACAACUUAGAAUCCAGCCUUUACACCUCAGGCAUAGUGCGUUUAUUUCCACCACAAUGACUGUGCUCUCUGUAGCUCGGAGUGAAUGCCAUUGAUGUUUUAGAAAGGGUUAAUAUCCUAUGGAACAAAAGAGCUUUGGGCCAGUUUGACAGUUGGUGCCCUCUCUAAUGCCUCACCUAAAUGGGAUGUUUUAUGUCUAAAAAUGUGAAAACGCAGUGAUUGUUGGGAGUUCGUCUCUCGCUAAGUGGAUUCCUGUUCAUUGACCAGUUUACUCUGGAGUUAGGGACAACAGACAGUUGGUGCUGAUUAUAGAAGCAGUCCUGGACAGCUAGCUGACUGAAAUAUGAUCACUUGGGUUUUCUGGGGAAAGUUGUACUUUUCUAAGUUAAUAUAGAAGUCUAAAGUGGUUGUGAUGUCUACAGUUAAUGUAAUAUAUAGGAAUUAUCUUUAAAUAUAUAAUUUUGUUGCUAAAAAGGUGUCAGGCCAUUGUAAGUUAUGCAGUAGACCUUGUGUUAGGACAGGAAUUACAACCCAGACAUUAAAAAUACUUAAUCUCCCAUAUUCAGUUGCAUCAGCACUUGUAUUUCUGUGUAACCCUAUCCUUGGUUGUUAUGGUAAAUUGAAUCCCUACAGAGAGACAGACUCUAGUGCCAUCAUGUAACAGAACCACUUUAGUUUGGUCAGAAUUCUCAUUGUAAUUAGCUUCUAGCGUGGACUUACCUACUUGGUAAUACUGUUGAAGGGUCAUUUGGUUUUUUACUUCAACACCGAUUAAUUAAUACAGUUUUAGGUUGUUAUUCACUGGAAUUGAAUUGAUGAUUAGUACUGUGUUUACUUUUGAAAAUGAAGUAUUAAAGCACUGAGAACACCUGGCUACAUGUACCUCAUUUCCCUCUCAGAUCUUAUGUCCGCUGCAUUUUUCUUGUCAGGUUAAAAAAAAAAAUCUAUUUUAAGCCAUAAGUCAUUCUUUUCAUUGACAUUAAAAGACUGUGAUAAUGAUUAAUCCUAUUGAAAUGUGCUUAAAAAAUGUUUAGUAAAAUCCUGCUGGUCAAAAAGAUGCAUUUCUAUGAGAGAUAUAUUUUUAACAAAUUA